AUGGAGACAUCAAUCAGAUCGGAGGUUAUCCCCCAGAAUUUGCCGCUGGCAGACCUCACUAGAGACAGAGACCAAAGUGAAGAUGACGCAUUUGCUCCAUCUUCCGCUUCCCGCUCAGUGGAAGCUAUUCCCGAUGGUGGCUAUGGAUGGAUUGUGGUUUUUGCCUGUUUUGUUCAGACAUUUUGGGUCAAUGCUUGGUCUGGGUCAUGGGGAAUACUUCAGGCUGGCCUGAUACGAACUACGAUGACAGAUACACCAGCCAGCACAUUGUCCUUUGCCGGCUCCCUCGGACUUGCCCUGACAGUUGGCCUAGGACUAGUCUGUAUUCGACUCGCACAACUGAUUGGAGCCCGAUGGAGCACCUUAAUUGGGAUCCUGCUAUUUGCAAUUAGUAACAUAAUUGGCGGCUUCGCUGUCAACAAUGUUGGCGGGAUGUUCGUGUCUGGAGCCCUGUACGGUUUUGGUGGGGCUCUGAUGUACACAAUGUCAAAUAUCCUGCCGGUGCAAUGGUUCAACAAGCGUCUAGGAACUGCAAAUGGUCUGGUGAAGCUUGGCGGGGGCCUUGGGGCUACAGUUAUGGCUAUUGUGCUUCAGACCCUCAUCGAGAGAGUAGGCGUCGCUUGGACAUUUCAUGCAAUGGCACUAAUGUCACUGGCAACUGGGGUGCCGGCUGCAAUGCUCAUCAAAGAGCGAGUGCCAACUCAUACCGGCCCCUCCGUCGACUUUUCAUUAUUCCAAAACUCGCCUUUUUCCUGCCUAUUCACAGCCGGAGCGAUUGGUGUAUUUCUACUUUUCGUUCCUCAAUUCUUCUUGCCUUUUGUCGCACACUCAAUAGGGCUAACCAGCAAAACUGCAGCGUGGAUUGUGGCUUGUUUCAAUGCGUGCAUGGCAAUUGGGCGUCUUAGUUCAGGCAUUGCCUGUGACAAGCUUGGCUCAACAAAUACCCUGCUGUUGGCAAUGGGACUUAAUACGUUAACCAUGUUCGCUAUCUGGCCUGUUUCAUCCACAUUAACCCUGCAACUCCUCUUUGCUGCUUUUAAUGGAUUGUCAAAUGGAGCAUUCUUCGUUACAAUGCCUACUGCCAUUGCCAGAAUUCUAGGACCGGGGCAAGCAUCAAUAGGGAUGGGAAUGGCCGUCACUGGCUGGUUUAUUGGUGACUUUUUGGGCAGUCCGAUAGGGGGGUUCCUGAUCCAAGCUACAGGAGCAGACCACGCGGACUCAAUUGGCCCCUACAAACCAGCAAUAUUCUAUGCUGCUGGAACAGCGCUGGUGUCAACUGUCUUCGUCCUUGCGGCGCGACUGAAGAUGGAUAAUAGUCUCUGUCGGAAGCUGUAG